UGCCACGUGUGUCCACAUAUCAGUGCAUUCGUAACAAUUUAACCAUUACGAAACGUAUAUUCGAUCAAAUAAGUCUUGACUUCCCUACAAAAAUUAUUCACUUCGUGGUCUUAUUUUCGUGGACAGAUUUUGGGCAGAGUAAACCAUCUCGUUUCGUCUCGUCCUCUCUGGUAAGGUUUGUCCCUGGCCUGACCGACACCGGUAUUUGUUUACUUUACUGAGCACAGAGAAGGACGAUAUUUUAAAGGGCUGUCGUCGUAUGGGAAAACCCGAACGCGCAAUUUAUGCACCCUCAGCGACCCAGGACAUCGAGUUUAGAAUAAAUAGAUUACUUCAUGAACGUUUUUAUAAUAUAGACUAAACGCGGCCCUUUUUGUUGCGUCUAGGCCUAUUUGGAUAAGUGAAUUGCUUCGAAUAGCCAAUCCGAAGUGGGCGAAGAUCAGUGUUUUCAGCAGUAACCUACAGAUUCAAUGAUCCGUUCUCCAACUUGAGGUUGUAGUAAAAUAACCCACAUAAAAUAUAAUGGCAGCCUCAACAACUGCCCGGAGAAUGCCGAUGGGUGUGCGGACAUUCAGUGAAUUUCUGGAGAUUGCUGUUGGCUCAGGACGCUCACCUUGUCACACCGCGGGGUCAAGAGAACAUAUGAGACAAACCAUCAGACACUUGUCAUCAUGUGGCAUUGUAAUGACCAGGACUCCCAGAGUGCUUUGCCACCAGCAGGACUGGGACAUGAUGACAUCAGUUCCCCACAGCAGAACCUUCAUGGGGUUCACCAAUAAGAGAAAGGAGUACUCGGAGCGGAGGAUACUGGGGUACUCUAUGCUGGAGAUGUAUGAUGUGGUAGCCAACGUGGAUGACUACAAACUCUUUGUCCCCUGGUGUAAGAAGUCCCAGACUAUCAUGAAGAGGGCAGGCCACUCCAAAGCUCAGCUGGAGGUGGGGUUCCCACCCAUUGUAGAGCGAUACACAUCCAUGAUCAGUGUGGUGCGACCCCACAUGGUCAAAGCGGUGUGCACAGACGGAACACUUUUCAACCACCUGGAGACAAUAUGGCGCUUCAGUCCUGGCAUCCCUGGUUAUCCCCGCACCUGCACUGUGGACGUUUCGAUCUCGUUUGAGUUCCGUUCCUUGCUCCACUCCCAGUUAGCAACUGUGUUUUUUGACGAGGUGGUAAAAAAGAAUGUGUCUGCCUUCGAGCACCGGGCCGGCACGCUCUACGGCCCACAGACCUGCGUCCCACGGGAAUUAAUGUUCCAUGAGGUACACCAAACGUGAGGUCCAUCUGGCAUUGUGUGCCCUUGCCCCAAACCAGCCUGCACCUUCACCCUGGCAGUCCCCUGUAUCACCUAGCUGGAGCAGCAGGACACUACAUGACCCAGCCCCCAUCAACCGCCUUCAGUCUCCAUUACCACCAAGGCCCAGAUACCAAUAGCCUGGUCCCAGGUCUGUUUGUGCCGUCUUGCCAACUCCUAUAGUCACAUUGGCAUGACAAACAGCUCUUCUGCGAUCUUGGACCAUCUGUGACAGCAGAUCUGUGACCAGGCUAAGCUGCCACUAGUGCAUCCUCCUCACAUUAUAGAGUAAGGACCAAGCAAUCAGUGUGGGCAUCAGCCUGGCUUAUCACCCUACACAACUAUAGUUGACUUGAAAGUCCCAUAUCCUAGCCUGGGUCAUUUUCUUGUAAAAAGCUGCCAUCUACCUCCUCACAAGGGUACACUCUUCAGCGCAGACCCCUUGUUGCAUUGACGUGUGUGCACAAUUUUAAAAUAAUAAUCCUUCUAAGUCUAAUUGUAAAACAAAAAAGCCACUACGCAAAUCAGAAUAGAUGGAAUUUAUUGCUGUGUAAUCAUGAGUGAGCAGGACACUAUUGAGUGAACGAAUGACAUGGACCAUUUUGAGUACGUCAUAGUAUAUGACUGCUUUAGACACUGUAGAUUGCUGAAGAGUGGGUGCAGGUGCACUCCACUGACCUGCUAGGUUCUAGUCAUCCAAUCCUGUAAAAUGAAUAUAUCUUAAAGGGGCAAUCCAUAGUUGAAACAAUAACAAUUUAAGCAUGCUCCCCAACCACUGUUUCGGUAAAAAGCUGAGGGAUUGGGUUGGAUAAAUGUAACUACUCUCAAAUUCAUAGACCGAUCUAUGGAUACCUGAACUGACUAUCCAUGAUAUCAAAAUUAUAGUUUUAACCAUGCUGAUGUUAAAAUAUAUGUUGAGGCUAUACAGUUAUUUGUAUUUUUUACAUUUGCUUUGUUUGCUUGUUUACAAACAUUGGUAAUAAAACAAGUUUAUAUUUUGGUUUCUGAUGGGGUAAGCUCGUGAGGCGUUUAAGUUAUUUGUCAAGAAUCAAAUGAAUUCUAUGUCCAAAAAUGGAUUCAGCAACUGCAGAUUGCCCCUUUUUUUUAAAUAUAUAUUUUAAAUGUAUUGUUUAUACCAAGAAGUGCUUUUUAAAAAUUAUUUAUUAUAUAUAUUUUUUUAAAUAGCAAGCCAACUGCUUCCUGUGUGUGUAGAGAGAAUGUUGUUAAAGUGCUCGCUUUUUCAUAGAUUAAAACAAUCAUUGGUCAUUUGCACCUUCCACACAUUAAGCACAUUAAAUUGUCUUCAAUGUUAAGCUUUAUGUAAAUAUGGAGAACGGGAGCUGUGAAAAUUCUAUAAAGUGUCAACACAAGCUGCCUAGCGAGUUCAUAAAUGAAACAAGACAAAGUAUUGCAAUUAUUUAUGCAUGCACGAUAUGGCUACUUGUGUAGGAUAUUUUCUUUGGAAUUGCAUUUCUGUUUGUUUUGCCUUUGUUUUAAUGGGAAUACAUUUGAAUUUCAUUUUAGUUCAUGUGUAAUAAAAAAGGGCUCGGUCAAGCCGAUUUGUUUAAUAUACCGGUAUGUAUUUGCCCUCUGCUAUGAUGGUGGCAUUUACUCUCAGGUGUCAUGAAAGGUGAACAUAGGAAGCAAGUGUACAUCUUUUAAGAUUUAAGACUAUUUGUUUGUUAUUAAAGCAAGAAUCCCGGA